UUCGUCACAUGACCAGCUGCUACUCCCCCUUCCUGCAACAGAGAGGGAGAGAACCUGUUCCUCCUUCAUUACAAAUAAGUGUUCCGACGAAAAAGCUAACUAAAUAGCAAACUAAAUAGCUGAAUAAAACAAACAUUGCAGAAUAUAGGCAUUAGCGUGAAAACCGUUAUCUUCCAGCAACAUGAACGGACACGCCAUCCUCUAUACCGGGGUCACUGUGGCCUUCUGGACUACCAUUCUCAUCGUCGGCACGUGUUAUACAAUAUUUGAUCUUGGAUUUCGAUUUGAUGUGGGUUGGUUCCUGACAGAGACCUCACCGUUCAUGUGGGCAAAUCUGGGAAUCAGUUUGGCUAUUUCCUUGUCUGUGGUUGGUGCUGCAUGGGGUAUUUACAUCACAGGCUCCAGCAUCCUUGGUGGUGGUGUGAAAGCACCCAGGAUUAAAACGAAAAACCUUGUCAGCAUCAUUUUCUGUGAAGCUGUCGCCAUCUAUGGGAUUAUUAUGGCAAUUGUCAUUAGUAACAUGGCUGAGAAUUUCAGUGGCACCACCCCUGAGACGAUUGGAGCAAGGAACUACCAAGCAGGGUAUUCCAUGUUUGGUGCUGGUCUAACCGUGGGCUUCUCCAAUCUGUUCUGUGGUAUCUGUGUUGGCAUUGUUGGAAGUGGAGCUGCGCUUGCUGACGCACAGAAUGGCAGCCUUUUUGUAAAGAUCCUUAUUGUGGAAAUCUUUGGAAGCGCCAUUGGAUUGUUUGGAGUCAUUGUUGCUAUCUUACAGACAUCUAAGGUAAAGAUGGGUGACUAAAAGAUGUGACAAGGCCGUACAAUUCACAAGACUUUCAGAAGAUGACAAUUCUGGGGACGAGACACAAUUGAAUUGUAUAUAGUAAUUUAUUUAAAUGUGUUGGUUUUUUUCCUGACAUGUUUGACAUUUAACCCAUCAUUUGCUGAAGAGUGACUUUUGUGACCUUAAAACCAUUGAUGGUGACGUGAUAUAUUUGUACCCAGUUGUCUUAAAUGUAACUGUUUAGUUUAAAAGAAGUAGUGAGCUUGUCUUUACGAUUAUUCCCCUUAAAUCUGAAAAUUAGGUGGUGAUGACAGGCCAAAAAAAAUUCUUAAUGGUUUAAGAU